GUCUCCCACCGGCGGACCCCGGUGGGCAUUCGAGUGUCGCGCGGCCAGGCCUUCUUAGCGCCCUGCCGUUUGGAGGGCACAGGUGAACCUGCCGCCUCACUCCCACCCUGCCCCGCCCGGACAGCCGAAUCGGAGGGGACGAGCCUGCCCUUUGAAAGGGUUUUUUUCUUGCUCCUGAGGAGGGCGUCCCAGCCAUGGCCCCCAGAAACCCCCUAGACCCCACAGGGACUGCCCUCCAUCCCGGCCGCCGGGGUCUGCCCUCUGCAUCCCGCGGGCAGGCGGUGUGAAGCAGCCUCCCGCAGCCCCCGGCCCCUCCCCCAUGGAGGAGGAGGAGGGGGCGGCGGCCAAGGAGUGGGGCACGACCCCCGCGGGGCCCGUCUGGACCGCGGUAUUCGACUACGAGGCGGCGGGCGACGAGGAGCUGACCCUGCGGAGGGGCGACCGCGUCCAGGUGCUUUCCCAAGACUGUGCGGUCUCCGGCGACGAGGGCUGGUGGACCGGGCAGCUCCCCAGCGGUCGCGUGGGCGUCUUCCCCAGCAACUACGUGGCCCCCGGCGCCCCCGCUACACCCGCGGGCCUCCAGCUGCCCCAGGAGAUCCCCUUCCACGAGCUGCAGCUAGAAGAAAUCAUCGGUGUGGGGGGCUUUGGCAAGGUCUAUCGGGCCCUGUGGCGUGGUGAGGAGGUGGCCGUCAAGGCCGCCCGGCUGGACCCUGAGAAGGACCCGGCAGUGACAGCAGAGCAGGUGUGCCAGGAAGCCCGGCUCUUUGGAGCCCUGAAGCACCCCAACAUCAUUGCCCUUAGGGGUGCCUGCCUCAAACCCCCACACCUCUGCCUGGUGAUGGAGUAUGCCCGGGGUGGCGCACUGAGCAGGGUGCUGGCAGGCCGCCGGGUGCCACCUCACGUGCUGGUCAACUGGGCUGUGCAGGUGGCCCGGGGCAUGAACUACCUACACAGUGAUGCCCCUGUGCCCAUCAUCCACCGUGACCUCAAGUCCAUCAACAUCCUGAUCCUGGAGGCUAUCGAGAACCACAACCUUGCAGACACGGUGCUCAAGAUCACGGACUUUGGCCUCGCCCGUGAGUGGCACAAGACCACCAAGAUGAGCGCUGCGGGGACCUACGCCUGGAUGGCGCCGGAGGUUAUCCGUCUCUCCCUCUUCUCCAAAAGCAGUGAUGUCUGGAGCUUCGGGGUGCUGCUGUGGGAGCUGCUGACGGGGGAGGUCCCCUACCGUGAGAUCGACGCCUUGGCCGUGGCGUAUGGCGUGGCUAUGAAUAAGCUGACGCUGCCCAUUCCCUCCACGUGCCCCGAGCCCUUUGCCCGCCUCCUGGAGGAAUGCUGGGACCCAGACCCCCACGGGCGGCCAGAUUUUGGCAGCAUCUUGAAGCGGCUUGAAGUCAUCGAACAGUCAGCCCUGUUCCAGAUGCCACUGGAGUCCUUCCACUCGCUGCAGGAAGACUGGAAGCUGGAGAUUCAGCACAUGUUUGAUGACCUUCGGACCAAGGAGAAGGAGCUUCGGAGCCGUGAGGAGGAGCUGCUGCGGGCGGCGCAGGAGCAGCGCUUCCAGGAGGAGCAGCUGCGGCGGCGGGAGCAGGAGCUGGCGGAGCGUGAGAUGGACAUCGUGGAACGGGAGCUGCACCUGCUCAUGUGCCAGCUGAGCCAGGAGAAGCCCCGGAUCCGCAAGCGCAAGGGCAACUUCAAGCGCAGCCGCCUGCUUAAGCUGCGGGAAGGCGGCAGCCACAUCAGCCUGCCCUCAGGCUUUGAGCAUAAGAUCACAGUCCAGGCCUCUCCAACUCUGGAUAAGCGGAAAGGAUCCGAUGGCGCCAGCCCCCCCGCAAGCCCCAGCAUCAUCCCCCGGCUGAGGGCCAUUCGCUUGACUCCCGUGGACUGUGGUGGCAGCAGCAGUGGCAGCAGCAGCGGAGGUAGUGGGACAUGGAGCCGCAGUGGACCCCCCAAGAAGGAAGAACUGGUCGGGGGCAAGAAGAAGGGACGAACGUGGGGGCCCAGUUCCACCCUGCAGAAGGAACGGGUGGGAGAGGAGAGGCUGAAGGGGCUGGGGGAAGGAAGCAAACAGUGGUCAUCAAGCGCCCCCAACCUGGGCAAGUCCCCCAAACACACACCCAUCGCCCCCGGCUUCGCCAGCCUCAAUGAGAUGGAGGAGUUCGCUGAGGCAGAGGACGGAGGCAGCAGCGUGCCCCCUUCCCCCUACUCGACCCCAUCCUACCUCUCGGUGCCGCUGCCCACCGAGCCCUCCCCGGGGGCGCGGGCGCCGUGGGAGCCGACACCGUCCGCGCCCCCCAUUCGGUGGGGACACGGCGCCCGGCGGCGCUGCGACCUGGCGCUGCUAGGCUGCGCCACGCUGCUGGGGGCCGUAGGCCUGGGCGCUGACGUGGCUGAGGCGCGCGCAGCCUGUGACAGCGAGGAGCAGCGGCGCUGGCUAGACGGUCUGUUUUUCCCCCGCGCCGGCCGCUUCCCGCGGGGCCUCAGCCCGCCCGCGCGUUCCCACGGUCGCCACGACGAUGCGGGCCUGGGCCUGGUGCCCUCGGUCACCCUCGUGUCGCUUUCGUCCGUGUCCGACUGCAACUCGACGCGUUCACUGCUGCGCUCAGACAGUGACGAGGCCGCGCCGGCCGCGCCCUCCCCUCCACCCUCCCCGCCUGCUCCCACACCCUCACCCAGCGCCAACCCCCUGGUGGACCUGGAGCUGGAGAGCUUCAAGAAGGACCCUCGCCAGUCGCUCACGCCCACCCACGUCACGGCUGCACGCGCCGGCGCCGUGAGCCGCGGGCACCGGCGGACUCCAUCGGACGGGGUGCUGGGGCAGCGGGGUCCUCCCGAGCCCGCGGCCCACGGCCCUGGCCCUCGAGACCCUCUGGACUUCCCCCGCCUGCCUGACCCCCAGGCCCUGUUCCCAGCCCGCCGCCGGCCCCCCGAGUUCCCAGGCCGCCCCACCACCCUGACUUUUGCCCCGAGACCUCGGCCAGCUGCCAGUCGCCCUCGCUUGGACCCCUGGAAACUGGUUUCCUUUGGCCGGACGCUCACCAUCUCGCCUCCCAGCAGGCCAGACACUCCGGAGAGCCCUGGGCCCCCCAGCAUGCAGCCCACACUGCUGGACAUGGACAUGGAGGGGCAGAACCAGGACAGCACAGUGCCCCUGUGCGGGGCCCAUGGCUCCCACUAAGGCCUGCCCACCACCGCCCGCCUGGGCAGCCAUGAAUGUAGCGCCCCAGGCCCCGCCCCAGCCCGCCAUGCCAGAAGGUGGGGGAGGCCCUGGGGAGGAUGCUCACUCUAUUUAUUGGGGAAGGGGGGAGGGGGGACACUUAACUUAUUCCUUUGUACCCCAGGGGGUGGAGCCCUGUGUCCACCCAUCACUGGGGGAGGGUGGGCAGGGAUACUCAGGGACAGGGCAUCAUAGGGGACUUGGCACAAAAAUGCAGCAUUAAAGGUAACCCCUGCCCCCUACC